AUGAGCGGGGCUGGUGAGGAGGAGCAGCGCGUCGUGGCUUCGCCCCUACCCAACUUGCGGUUGCUGAAUCCCGCCGGAGCUUAUGUUCAGGGGGGCGCCGAUGCACGGCGGCAGCGGGGGAAUGUGGAUCACAACGAGGUGGCCCCUACAAUAUGGGGCGCAGCUGCUGCGGGGCCAAAAAUCCCGCGGCGGCAUUACAAGAGUGCGGCCUUAUGGCAGCGGUUCUCUCCGUCAGACCCACAAAUGCCAGAAGAAUGUUAUCGAUAUCAGCAACACUCGUGGGAUUUGCACGCCUCUGUGCCGGUUGCGCGGGUACAAAAUGUGGAGUUCCCGUUUUCUUCUCGUUUUCCUGAUUGUACGGGGAAUUCACUGUUGAGCUCCGUGGCAUCAUCAUCGAAGUGUCGUCUGUCGCCGAUUGGCACUAUGAAUGGCAAAUCGGACAAAUUUGUUCCUGUUGGUGGUGUUGUGCCGCAAGAUACAACUUCACGCCGUGCGCGGGUCAAAACGAGCGAGGAUCUUUUGUUUAGACAAUCGGGUCGUCAUGUGCCGCUUCCUGAGGCACGAGUCGUUCAUCCACAGGGAUUUCGUAUCCUUAAGGGCCGUAGUGCGGUGGAGCGGUCGUUGCGUAGCUACUUUCGUUUGCCUCCUGCACCGAGUUUGCGUCUUAUCCAAGAACGUUUGCGCACACAACGACAAUUGUUGGCCGUUGAAACAACGGAAGAUGAAGAGGAGGCACGAUUUUUUUUCAAUCUCAUGGAGGCCCCUCUACGGCAAUCCCAUGUUUUGCUUGACGGUUAUCUUCUUCUUUGCGCGAGCGGACAGCCAGAGCCGGAGGCGGUGGAGGAAGUAACGCUGCAGCAUACUCAUCUCGUUGGUGUCAUUGAGGACGACUUAACUCAUUUUCAGAACCUGCGCUUUCUUGAUGUGAGUGAGAAUGAGCUUCUGCUGGAGCACCUACUCUUUUUGACCGGUCUUGAGGUGCUGCAUCUCCCAUAUAACAAGAUUGACUCGUUAGCAGGCGUUGCACGGGUAGUCAUGGAGCAACGGCUGCAAUCCACAAAUAGUAGCAACGCUUACCUCAAUCGUGGCGGUGUCCGUGGAAGCGGUGUUGGUGCCAUGGACAGUGCGGUGCACGGCAGUAGAUCCAUUAGGAGUGCUGCAGCUUAUUAUGCUCAAGAAAAGAAAAAGACAACUAUUGACUCCAACGAUGGUGUACGAUGCCCUACACCAAUAAUGAGAGAACAGGAUGUCAAAAGCAAUUUUCAUGCGGCUGAGAACACCGGGUAUUACUCGCCACACCAAAAAACAGCGGGACUUCCUUGCCAACCUUCAGAGUGCAGUAUGCAUGAUGUUCUUUUGCCAAAAUUACAUGCUCUGAACCUUUCCUUUAACAAGAUACCUUCCUCGGACAUUUUGCAUCUAGCAUACUUUCCAUUUCUUGAAAAACUUGACUUGAGUGGAAAUAAUUUGCGCGUUUUGCCGGAAGACCUUGCGGAUCUUACAGGUGUGACACAUUUUGCACUUGAGCGAAAUCAUUUUCGAGAUGGCAAUACCGUCUUUGCAGCACUUUCUACAAUGCCGGCGCUUAUUGAGGUGAAUCUGAAUCAUAACGAACUGCGUCAUGUGCCACCGCUUUCCGUGAAAAAUGGACGUGGGCUUUGUUUUCCAUCAAUAGAGGUGAUUGGUUUGGGGUACAACCGUUUUAGAGGUGUGCGGAACGUGGUAGCGCUUACGGAGCUGGUGCGGACGUUACAACGGGUGAUGCUUGCAGGAAACCCCAUUGCGCGCAAAAGUAAAGAGCGUGGCGCGGCGCAUUCGGUCUUUGCGCAGGCGGUAAUGAAUCUUUACUGGGAGCAAGCCGGCCUGCAGACUCUCAACAAGGGUGAAUUUAGCACGAUGAAUCGUUUUAGCAACGACGUUCCAUAUGAAGACACGUCAAUGCUGCACACAAGGCAACAAUGUAAAAGUGAGACGGACAAUGAAAAAGAGAUGACCAGGAGUGAAUACCAUGGAUUGGGCAGUCUUAUUAGUUCAUGGCAGCGGCCCAGGAUGACGUCUGGCUCAAAGGUUUCUUCACGAUGCCAAACCGAAAAUUUUGAGAGCGAGGGCGAUGCCGCCCACCUCAGUGGUUCCGUAUCCGAUAGGCCGUAUACUCCAUUCAUUUCCCCAUCGGCAGGGGGUGGCAGCACCAUCAACAAUCUUUUUUGGUAUGGCGAUGCAGAACCGCCACCCUCGCGGGGCACAGCGACUUUGGGCCGUGAUGGCACUCUACCAGAACUUCCAACCCCAUUGCUGCUGCGAUUUGUGGAGCUUAUUUUUGAAGAUACGGUGAUGAAGAAGCAAAAGCCGGGUUACUUCUGCUCCAAGUGGCGCCAAACGACAAUGGAGAGUGAGAAUCAAAGGCGUAUGACGGCAGACGGGGGGCACCUGUCACGGUUGGUGCAUCCUAAGACGGGUCUCGUCACUUUGCCAAAUUACAAUGAAUUUAUGGACAUUUAUCGUCUCCUAGAGGAUCCGCCCUUGUCGCGCCCUGGGCUUAGAAGGCGCCGGUAUGCUACAUCACGCGGAAGAAGGCGGAGGCAGAUGGCCGAUAUUGCGGUGCCCAAAGAGGCGGCUGACGACACAAAAGAGGAAGAAAUGGAAAAGAAGAGUGAAGAAGAAAGAGAAGAAGUUGUGACACCCAAACCAGUGGACAUGCAGAGCUCGGGGACGGAGGGAGAGUACGAGAUGGAUGAGUCCUCAUCAGAGAGAAGCGUGUCUCCUCAGGACGUCGUGUUCAUGACGGGUGUGCCUCUGCAAGGGGAGCGUGCGUCAGGCCCAAAGAAGUGGGGGAAAAUUAAACCAAAAAAGGUUGUGGUGCAGGAAUUCCCUGUUGAGGAUUCUUGUGGGGGCUCCAAGGAGAAAGAGACACCUCUGCCUGACCCCACUGAGCAUGCGAAUAAGAGAGAAGUGAAGGGACAGAGGGGCCAGCAAAGGCGGAAGCAGUCAGAGCAUUCUCAUGAGCGUUUUCCUCGGGAUAGAAAGGAACAGAAAUUCUCGUCAGCGGUACCGGAGCCUCCCAGUACGAAUGUUCGCAUACUUAUGAAUGAACUUCGUCGCAUGCUGCGUCGCCCUCUUCCAUCUUUGCCUUCCGUUUCCACAAAAAAGGGCAAGUAG